AUGUCAUCGUCUGCAAUUCAAUUCCUCAACCCCAAAGCCGAGUCACUUCGUCGGCAACAGGCCCUUCAGGUGAAUAUUGCUGCCGCUGAAGGUCUUCAAGAUGUACUGAGCUCAAAUCUUGGCCCAAAAGGUACCAUGAAAAUGCUUGUAGAUGGUUCUGGUGGAAUUAAAAUCACCAAGGAUGGUGAUGUAUUGCUUAAAGAAAUGCAAAUUCAGUCUCCUACAGCCGUCAUGAUUGCCAGAGCUGCUACUGCACAGGAUGAUGUCACUGGAGAUGGUACCACCACUGUAGUUCUACUAGUUGGCGAACUACUACGUCAGGCUGAAAUAUACCUCAACGAGGGAAUUCAUCCUCGUGUGAUUACAGACGGUUAUGAAAAGGCACGUGCCGCUGCGCUAGAGUUUUUGAAUCAGUUUGUGAUUCCGAAACCGGCUGAAACUGUUGAUAGAGAGCUUCUUUUACAGGUUGCCAGAUCGUCUUUGAGUACCAAGGUCGAUGCUGAAUUGGCCAGCGUGUUAACACCAAUAGUUACAGAUGCUGUUUUGAGUCUUAGAGAUGAUAAGAAUCCCGAGGAUGUCGAUUUGCACAUGAUAGAAGUGAUUCCUAUGAUGCACGAGACUGCUAAGGAUACGGAAUUGGUCAAGGGACUCGUGUUAGACCACGGUGCUCGCCAUCCUGAUAUGCCCAAAAGGGUAGAAAACGCAUACAUUCUCACAUUGAAUGUGAGUUUGGAGUAUGAGAAGACAGAGGUGAAUUCGGGCUUCUAUUACUCGAACGCCGAGCAAAGAGAAAAGUUGGUUCAAAGUGAACGCAAGUUUGUGGAUGAUAAAAUCAAGAAGAUUGUUGACUUAAAAAACGAAGUUUGUGGUGAAGAUCCUAGUAAAGGAUUUGUUAUUAUUAAUCAGAAGGGUAUUGAUCCUAUGUCGUUGGAUAUAUUGGCCAAAAAUAACAUUUUGGCUCUCAGAAGAGCCAAGAGAAGGAACAUGGAAAGAUUGCAGCUCUGCUGUGGAGGAACUGCAAUGAAUUCUGUCGACGGUUUAACUCCUGAAGUAUUGGGUUAUUCUGGCUUGGUUUUUGAGAAGACUCUUGGUGAGGAGAAGUUUACAUUUGUGACAGAAGUUCAGAACCCCAAGUCUGUGACUGUAUUGAUUAAGGGAGCACAUAAUUAUGUUGUUCUGCAGGUAAAGGAUGCCGUUAGAGAUGGAUUGAGAGCUGUUAAUAAUGUAUUGAAGGACCACAAUCUCGUUCCUGGGGCUGGAGCAUUUUGGAUGUCCUGUUCGAAGCAUUUAUUGGAGAACAAGGAAGUCAGUAAAGGUAGAUCGAAGCCAGGUGUGAAGGCUUUUGCAGAGGCUUUGUUGGUGAUACCGAAAACAUUGGCUAAAAACUCUGGAUUGGACUCAUUGGAGUCAUUGAGUGAGUGCCAAGAUGAGAUCGACCAGGGAGAAGUAGUUGGAUUGGACUUGGAGUCAGGAGAACCGAUCGACCCGACACUUGAAGGUGUCUGGGACUCGUUUAGAGUGAUUCGUAAUGCCAUUUCAGGUGCUACAGGAAUAGCCUCGAACCUACUUCUAUGUGAUGAGCUUUUGAAGGCAGGACGGUCAUCAUUGAAGAAUUAA